UGCAGCUGCGUGCACGAGAGAGAGAGAGAGAGAGAGAGAGAGAGAGAGAGCGCUCGCUUGGUCGUUUCUCUUCUAGCGUCACUUCAUCUGCGGCGUCGCGCGCUAACGAUUUUCUCCUCCUAUCCUGCAUCCGUUUCUAUUGCGCGACUUCUCGCCUUGGAACCACACGCCUGCACUCAUCUUCUAUUGUAACUCAAACCGAAAAACAUACACGGGCUUUUCUGCUCCUCCUUGUUAAAGAGACACCAUGGGGAAACAGAACAGCAAGCUGACCCCUGAGGUGCUGGACGAUCUGGUAAAGAGCACAGAGUUUAAUGAGCAUGAGCUGAAGCAGUGGUACAAGGGCUUCCUAAAGGACUGCCCCAGUGGUCGCCUCAACCUUGAAGAGUUCCAGCAACUAUAUGUGAAGUUUUUCCCCUAUGGUGAUGCAUCAAAGUUUGCCCAACAUGCAUUUCGGACCUUCGACAAAAAUGGAGACGGCACCAUUGACUUCAGGGAGUUUAUCUGUGCUCUGUCCAUUACAUCCCGAGGCAGUUUCGAACAGAAACUCAAUUGGGCCUUCAACAUGUAUGACCUGGAUGGAGAUGGCAAGAUCACACGAGUGGAAAUGCUGGAGAUUAUUGAGGCAAUCUACAAAAUGGUGGGCACUGUGAUCAUGAUGAAGAUGAAUGAGGACAGCCUUACCCCUGAGCAACGGGUCGACAAAAUCUUCAGCAAGAUGGAUAAGAACAACGAUGACCAGAUCUCUUUGGAGGAGUUCAAAGAGGCAGCAAAGAGUGACCCAUCCAUCGUAUUACUGCUGCAGUGUGACCUGCAAAAAUAAAAGUGGCGUCUGAGUGAAACGCCAGAGACUGCACCGAAGAUCAAUGUUCCAUUCAGUUUGCAGCUAUUUCCACUGAAAAAAAAAAUGCUUGGACUACCUUUCAAUAGAUCUGCUUCCUGUGUUUGAAACACUUGUGUGCAUGAGAAUGUUCUUUGCAAACAAAUUUUAGACAUGCACGGACAGAAGCACACACACACACAUGCACAGUACCGGCUGUCACAAACACACACACAGUUCAGAUAGAUCUAAUAGAUACAUAAAGUUCAAAUAAACUGCCAAUAUGUGAAGUGGGAGAACAUACGUCCCAUACAGUUUUCAUUCACUUGGAACUUAAGCAUCACUGAUGUGCUCUACUGAAUUAAGCAACUAUUUAUUGUACAACAUUAUUGAUGCUAGCUAAAUGUAUCAUAAUACUGUUUAAUGUCAAACAAAAUCAGGUCCAUUGGUAAGAGUAUCUAUUUCAGAUUUUCCAGUGAUAUUGUCUGAGCAGACAUUUACAUAUAUAUUCAUUCAGAAAAGUGAAACUGUGGGUCUGUAUAACUGAAAUAUUAGGAGGGCCUGUUUACUACGAUAUGCAAAGACUGAUGAUACGAGGGAUGUAUUUUAUAAUUUGUUUAAUUAUAACUUAUUAUAUUAUCAGUUUGAACUUACUGGCACUCGUGGAUUCUCAAAUACUCCCUGUGCAGUAUUUAUCUCACUGUGCACAACUGAUCAUCACUGAAAAAAAAUACAGAUUAAUGUAUUUAUACUAUAUAAAAUAUGUAUACUCCGAUUGCCCAAUAACACUAUGUAGUUUUAAAAAAACCCUUACUCUUAUGUGCAGUAUGGUACCAUUUUAAAUCAUUUGAAUGCCCUUAAACUGAAUAUUUUCCCAUAUACACUGCAUAUCAUUUUGCAGAUGGAUUACACAUGCUGCUCUGUUAAAGAGAUCUUUAUAUAGUGUUCCUGUCUCUCAUUUAAUUUGACAGACAACAUGAGAGUAUAUUACAGUUAAAAGGUUGUAUUUUGCUCAAGAUCUGGUAUUUUAUUGUCUACCCAGAAAGGUUUUAAAUGUUUUUUUAAUUCUUGCAUAUAACAGACAACGUAUGAGGGUUUAGGAAAAUGUAGUUUAAAAAACACCAUUAACAAAUUGUUAGUGACAAGUUCAGAAACUUUUCCUAGUCUGCACUGUUUAUUCAGCUCACAAGUUUGAAUUCAUGUUAACAUUAUGUAUGUUAUUAAUAAAAGCUUUACACAUACUGUUUUACAUAAAAUGUUUACUCACCUACCACCAAAUUUGUGCAAUGGCAACUGUUUUAAUUUUCGAGAUUAUUUUGUAUAUGUUGCAUGUAUAUGUGCCCCUGAUGCCAUGGCUGCACUACAUCCUGUGUUGUGAUUUAAACUAAUAAAACAGUAUAUGGGCCUUUU